AUGAACCCUAGAAAGCUAAAGUAUGGAAUUAACCGGGUUCUUGUGGAUGCAUACCGUGGGAAUCGCAUAGCCUUCAAUAAAGCAUUUGAGAAACUUGGACUUGAUUGUGCGAGCUGGAGCGAACCUGUCUAUUCAGAUCUUUUAAGUCAUGACAAUAUUCUCAUGGAUGCUUCUCUUGGGGAUGAAACCAGUUUGAUAAGGAGAAACCAUGUCAUCAAUACCUAUCUUGUGCCUAUUGACCACAAUCUUACUAAUAAUCUUGUAAAUGGUAUUGCUGAUAAGAUCUUUGACAUACUGCAUCUUUCCAUUACUGAAUUGAUGACACAAAUUUGUAAGGUUGGCCACUAA